UGGGCGGGUGGGUGCGGCGGGAGAGACCGAAUUCAUUCGGACAGGCAGGUCCAUCUCCCCGAAGGAUCUCUCCAUCAAUCUCUCUCCCCACAGUAUUCGUCUUUCUACUUCUACGAAGACAGUCGCCUGGUCCCCUGCUGCUACCCUCUCCCUAUCCCUCUCUCCGCUGCUAGAGCUAGUCUCCUAUUUUCCAUCUCUCGCUGUUUCUGUUCCCUUCUCUUUUUUCUUGUUCUUUUUCUUUUUUUAGCGCCAGGCGCGCCAGCCCUCUCACUCACUCGUUUUGUCUCGCAUGCAUCUUGGUUUCUGCACGCGACUUAACAAUUAAGUCGCGGUUAAUUGUCCAUUUCUGUCGCUCACUUCUUGCCGGAGCUUCGUGCUUCCAUGGAUCCUCUUCGGAAAUCCUUCAAUCCCAACAAACAACUAAAGGAAGAAUUCGUAAGUAAUUUGACUGGAACUUCCAUGCUUGAGAUCGCUGCGCUCUCAACAAUCGUGCCUGCUCUAAUACUUCUGCGGCAUUCAAUUAGCUUCAAUUGCCUUAAUCCUUUAAAUGGUACAGAGACCGUGUUGAAGAAGAAAGAUGGCGAAACAGUUGUUUUCAGAGAUUGGAGGAUUUAUAUGGCUAUGCUGGCUUUGGAUUUUCUUUUUAUCAUUCUCCCAAUUUUGUUAUUUUUCACUGUUCUAGCAGAAUGGGCAAAUAUGUGUGCAGUUUUGUUGUUGAUAUUUCUUCUUCUCUGUAUUGUAAUGAAAAGGUUUGGUUCUUAUUCUCCUUACUCUAAAGGAAGGUCCCAAUCAGUUUAUUCUAUUAGGACAAAUAUUUCAUCAUACAGAGUGUCAAUGAUGAUUGUCACAUGCUUAUGCAUCUUGGCUGUUGACUUCCAAAUAUUUCCUAGAAGAUAUGCCAAGGCUGAGACUUAUGGUACUGGUCUGAUGGAUCUUGGGGUAGGGUCGUUUGUUUUGGCCAAUUCAUUAGUUUCAAGACAAGCACGGAAUGCCUUGUCAGUGAAAUGGAAGACUGCACUUAAAUCUACAAGUCCACUUCUCCUUCUAGGAGUUGGUCGGCUCAUUUUUACAACAGGAGUAGAUUAUCAGGUUCAUGUGGGAGAGUAUGGUGUACAUUGGAAUUUCUUUUUCACACUUGCAGCUGUAUCCAUUUUAACAUUCAUCAUUAACAUUCAUCCCCAAUAUUGCGGUAUUCUAGGUUCAUUAAUUCUAAUAGGAUACCAAAUAUGCUUGAUGUCUGGGUUAAAUGAGUAUGUCAUUUCUAACGAAAGGGCAAUGAACAUCAUUAGCCAAAAUAAGGAGGGAAUUUUUAGUAUAUUUGGAUAUUGGGGUUUGUAUCUUCUUGGUGUCCAAUUGGGAAACUAUCUUUUCUUUGGCAACGAUUUCACUGGGAAGAUGAGAAACAGUCAGUGGACACGGACAAGAAUCUGGAUUCUAUCUGUUAUCUUUUGGCUAUCAACUAUCAUCCUAGACAAGCACAUUGAAAGAGUUUCUCGUAGAAUGUGCAACCUGGCAUAUGUUACGUUUGUAUUGGCACAAAACUUUCAGGUACUAGCAAUCCUAAUGCUUUCAGAUUUUAUCCCUGGUGAACACACUUCAAUACUGGAAGAAGCAUACAACCGGAAUUUACUGGGAACAUUUCUUUUGGCGAAUGUGCUCACUGGGUUGAUAAAUUUAUAUGUGGAUACCAUCUCAGAAUCAACAUUUGCAGCCUUUUCUAUCUUAGUUGGCUAUUCCAUUGUUUUAUCUGCUCUCAUUGGGAUUGCAGAUUUCUCUGGAAUCAAGUUAAAGUUUUGGUGAAUUCAAUUGGUAGAGUUCGUUUCUAUAGUCAAGUUCACGAUUUAGUACCAAGAAAGAAAGUUCACAAUUUAGUACCAAGAAAGAAAGUUAACGAUUGCCAGCCAAUUAGAUUGAUUGUUGUGUUACAUGUGUAUAAUAAUCUAACUUCAUGAAUCUACUCAUUGCAAAUUAGAGAGCGAAUGCUUAACAUGGAUUGGCAUCAAUAGAACUUAGGCCAACCUGAAUUUUGGUACAUUAUAUGAUAUUUCACAAGGUGUACUACGACCAAAUAUUCUAGUCAAGUUCCCUUUUCUAAUAUGCUUUAUUAUUA